CGAGCCCAACAACUGAGGCUUGGGGGUCGGGGCGUAACCGCUCCUUCAAUGACAAUUUACCGGUGAGUGCAUCUGGAGAGACGGGGGAUUGUACAGUGGGUCACACUUGAUGAGGUUGACCAAGGAAUUUACCGUCAACACAUGGUGUGUACACACCUGGGAGCCUUGCCAAAGCAGUCGGACUACUCUGGAUCGGUUGUUCCGAACUUAUGGAUUUUCAUUGCGCUUGCUAAUACUGGAAUCUAAAUGAAGUUUAAGAAAAAUUCUGCAGCAGCUGUGGUAAUGUGUAAUUCCUCUACGUUUCCAUGGAGCAUACAGCAAGGGAACAAUUUGGAGAUGCUCGUAAACAGUAUUCUGUUGUGAAGGAAAAUUGGCUGUGGGAUUUAACAAGUGCUUAUGGGGACCUAUUUCACGCGAUGGGCCUGGAUCUUCUCUUCAUCAAGAUCGUCGUCCUCCCUCGUGUUUCUCAACCACGACUGUCACGACUGUUGCUGUAGCGUUGCUAAGAUACGCACCUUGCAUGCCUUGUGUCCGGAACAAUUGCAAUGAGGUGCUCUCAAUUAAAAGUGAUGUUGCAUUCAUCAGAAUAUGGCAGAGCCGACGUCUUGGGUUUGAUUGGUAAUGGGGGCCUUGGAUAUUGUACAUUUCUCUGGAGUUUGAGAUGUCUUACAAGCUUCUCUGGUAUUUUGGAUUAGACUGUGCCAAGUGAACAACUCAACAUCCCUUCCAGCUGCCCCAGGUCUCAGCCUCCCCAGGUGAAUGGCUCCUGCCUCAGGGCUCCUGGGUCAAAGGUCACACCCAUUUCCCCUCUUUCGGUUUCCUACAGCAGAGGACAGGACAGCACAUGCUGACGAAGUUGUACAUGAAUUGAAGGACCGAUCCUGAAUAACGAGUUGAAGCUACAUUUGGAUGAACAUGGCAGUUUCGUCCGAUGCUGACAUUUUUGAGGUCGUCAACCAAGCUUUGCAGGGAUUAAACAAUCCUGACAAUGACACAGACCACGAAGACCAACUAGAUGACUGCUUGGCUACCAUGACAACGGUCACCGGGACCAAAGAGAGGUACACCGCCCAAAUAGAACGCCUGAGGGAGGAGGUGACAUCGCUGGAAGAGCAGGUGGAAGCCGACGAGCAGAAACUGCUGCAGAUCAAGAUGGAGUCGCUGGACAGGAUACAAUCAUCACUUCAAAUGGGCAAGAAUUCUUCGAGCAUUGGAACAGAUCAGGCCACUCAAGAUCAUUUAAAACUCCAAGGUGCCUUCACCGGUAUCCAGUACACAGAUGCCACGGUAAGGAUUGUCAAGCAGGAUGCAGAACAGACCACCAGGCAGCACUGUCUGCAGGGCCAGUGUUCAGGGCUCAGCUUCCAAGUUGAGUUUCAAGUGAAGGAGCGACUGCUUACAGACGCUGAGAAAAAGCAGCUUCCCACAGGGAGCAAUCAAGAAACGAGAUCCCACGUGAAAUCACUCGCAAUCCAGAUUGACGACAGGGCCUUAUGGGAACUGGAACCGUUUGUCAGAGAGGCUGAGCGGGAUUGUGCCCUUCAGCCAUUUCUUAGGGGAUACAGCCAAUACGCACAGCGAUUUACCGGUCGACAGAAGGCACUGGAACAUUUUAAGAAACAAUACCCUGAGGCUGUCAUGUUACCUCUAGGUUCCAUUGGUUCAACUCUGAAGUUUAGCAGGCCUUCACAGGGCAGCGUUCAGUACAUCAUCACCUGGAACAUCGGGCUUUCUUCUACCGGCAGAGCAGAUCAACAGAUAUCACUUCAAGUAAUGCCAUCCAAGCAAAUGAGGCAGCUGGAUGAGCAGAAUGUCUUGGCCUCGGCACCAGAGAGGUUCCAGCAAAUGCUUCAUAGAUUGGGCAUAGAGAGAACAAUAGACAGCUUCAUCCAGGCAGUCACAACGUAACGAGGCUCACCUUCUCUCACGUCUAGAAACAGCAGCAAUAAAUGCUGCAGAGACUAGACAUAGAGGGGUAGUUUCAUUCACUGAGUCACGGCAUAACAAGGCCUUACCUUCUUUGGAUCCACAUGCAGAGGUGACAAGUGCCACAGGGUUGAGGUAGAAUGAUAGCUUCUGCCAAAAUCCACGACAUAGUGAGGCUCACCUCCUCUGUGUCUAUGGGCAGACAAGCGCUAUACUGCAUGGAGAGAACGAUAUCUUCAGUCAGGCAGUCACACAAUAGUGAGGCUUACUUUCUCCAUAUCUAUAGACAGUGAUGACAGAUGCUGCGGAGACUUAGACAUAGAAUAAUGAAUUCACAAAGGCAGUCACCACAUAGCUGUGUCUUUCACAGCCAUUGGUGACAAAUGCUACAUACCUGGAACAGAGAGUACAGCUUCCCCGCAUCACUACUGGUAAUGACAAAGCUUCAGGGACUUGGAGCAGGGAGAAUCACAGCUUCUCUGUAGACAAUGGUGGCAAAUGCUACAAAGACUGAACAGAGAACAGUGGCUUCAUCGGGGCAGUUGCAUCAUAAUGAGGCUUACCUUUUCUGCAUCUGUAGAUGGCAUCAGAUGCAACCAAGACUGGAUAUUGAGAAAACCACAGCUUCAUCAACAUCUGACCUAAAAAUGCCACAGAGGCUAGAUAUAGAAUGAUGGACAGCUUUAUGGAGACAGUGACAACAUAUUGGAGCCAUAAUGAUAAAUGCUACAUCGAAUCAGGCCAGGGAUAUAUUGACCCAAGAUAGAGCUGACCUUUGCUUUUCCCACUCCAAAUACAGGAUCCUCAAGAGAUCUCAUGUUUACCGAUCUAGAAUCCGGCCAAGUCAUAAGUCUGGAGCCACGACUCACAUCACUUCCUCAUCACUUGCUCAUUUCAGGCACAACGGAUCCUCAAACUCGGUGUUUAUGAAUGUGCAUAAAUCAUUUCAACAUCCAGUUAUUUUCAGUCGCCAGUAUACAAAGUGCCCAGUUCAAGCUGUAAAUCAUUCUUCAGCGUGGAGUUAGUUUCUACUGUUGUAAAUGCAUCAUUUGUGUGUGGAAAUAAAGUUUUCCAAUCCUGAUGUACAAUGGGCAGCGGACCCAAUAAUCUGUUUUGUAGAAUUACUGGUAAAUCUCUGCCUGUAUUUCAUUACACCACAGAUCUUAUUUCUCAAACAAUCCAUCUAUAAAAACUUCAGUUUCAUAGCCUGAUGACAAGUGAGCGUUGACACCAAGAGGCAGAGUGAGUUGAAUUGAGGUGAGUCGAAGUUAAAUCUUUGAAGUAUCAGAAACGGACACUUCUUGGUGGAGGAACGUGAGUGGUUCAACAGGAUAGAGUGAUGUCUGGCAGAAUCAGCUAAGGAAGAUGAGAACCUCCCAAGCAGCAUUUUAAUCCCAUGAAGGGGCACAAGGUAGAAAACGUGUUUUGCUAAAAUUAAUAUUUAUUAACUAACCUUAAAAAGUAGGUAUAAAUGCACAGCCAAUCCCAUUAGUCAAGAGCUCGUAACAAGAAAGCUGGUCUUGAAUGCUUGACAAAGCACCAGCUGGCUGAUAAAAAACAUUUCUGGUGUCACAUGAAAUUUAAACUCCAAUGAAAUUGGUCCCUUUUCCCUUGCAUUGGUUGAAUGCUUACAAUCUUGACUUGUCUGUGCAGUAUUGCCAUCAAGUCCCAAAUACAUGUGUACACAUGUAUGUCCAGGGCCUUAGCCACUGCACCACUGUCUCAUCUGAAUUGAACACCACUUGAAUUGAAUUGGCCAUAAGUCCCGUGAAGUGACCUAUUGCAUAUAAACGUGGGGUUCCUGUAUACUUCUCAUCUUAUAAAAAGAAAAAAAAUUCAAACUGAUACUCGGCUUGUUUUUUUUUCCUGAUUAUAUGUUUAAUUCACUGCUAUUCCGACAGUGUUCUAAAAUAUUCAGGAAAAAUGAAAUGUGCAUUGGCAUACUCAAUGAGGCUUAAUAAUUAGAUUUUUAUUACAUUAUAAAGUCAAAUGAAGUCAACACCUGUACUGAAAGUGAAUAUGUUGUGAUACGAGGGGAUAUUUCAUUCUUGACAUUUUUCUCCUGAACCAUUUGUAUGAAAAUAAAACUUGUACCUUAUAAAUAUCUCUCAACACGUCCACUGUGAAUAACAAAAUUCUCAGUGGAAUUAAAAGCAAAACUCAAUUUAUUCUUCCAAGAGAUAAUUUUGAUUGGAAACGAUUGCUGCAAAUUAGGGCCAAUUUUUAAAGCAUUGUUGCCGAAAUAGAAAAAUUAAGAUACUCGGGUCAAAUAGUGGGACCAGCGGUGAUUCAGACAUCAGAAAAAUUAAUGAAAUAUUUGUUCAGAAAUCUAAGUCUUUUUUGUAAGACAAGAUGUUACCAAAAUUAAAAGUUCAUAAUCUGUACAGGUCACUCAGUAAUGAAUCAUCACCCUCAAAAUAUCUGUUCCUAAACCUAGGACUUGUCAGUCACGACUUCAGAGCGCAUUGCAACCAAGCAAACCAAGAUGGUAAACCUCAGAAUACCUUUUAAUGAUGGAACUAAAAACUCGGAGUCUUUAAGACCAUUUAUGGAGAGCAAGACGUGUAGGGGCAUGGCGUGAGACUGCAACACUUUCAGAAAAACAGAACGCAGAAACAAAACAUUUCCAUCUAAAUCUAGAGAUUUAUUUUUUUCUUAUGCUGUGAACACAUCAAACGUGGCAAGUACGGCCUGAAGUUAUCAGUGAAAUACGAAAUACAGAACGUUUCAGUGAACUCAGUAAGAUUGGGUUAGAAGAUGUACAAUCUCGCAACAUGAAAAUCUGUUGCUAAAGAACUUCAAAACUACAUGCGCGGUUUCAACAGUGAGAUUUAGUUUGGGUGCAGGUAGUGCACUCAAUUUUAUUAGAAGACUUCACAGAGUUAAUACAAGUUGGACAAUCUUCCUCUUGGGAGUAGUAAUGGUUAAUUUGGACGAGACAGUUCAGUUCAUCGCUUGCAUGAACACCGAGGAUUCUACACACUGUUUAAAAACCAAGAAAAAAACCUUUUCACUUGCUGAAAAAGGGAACAAAUUUAAUUCUUUAUUUCUUUAAAAUAUGAAUACGUCAGACAAAGUGAUCUCCAUGACUGUUCCCUACAGUUAUUUCACCAUUCCUACUAAAUUUAUAAUAAGCUCACCCAGUCUAAAAGUAGCCACGGCUCAAGUCAAUUCAAUGUCUACAGAACGGCACAGUCAAUGGAAAACUUUGUGUACAAGCAUUGGAAUUUCACAAGGAGGCAGUGGGUCACAUUUGGUCAACGAAGAACCCAUUAGCUGGACAGAUUUGGCCAUCUAAUAAAUCUACUGGAACGUAUAUAUAUGCCCCAAUGCUGUAUUCCACCUCUUUUACGGAUGGGGGAAAUGACCAAAUUGAGAAGUGAAUUUUGCAUUGUAGCCUUUUUGGUGCAUGGUGACCAGUCAAUGGACGCAUUCAAUCCACUGAAUCUAUGUUAAACGCCUGUGCCAUCUUUGAUCCUGCAUAUUUUUCAUUAAAACCUUCACGAUCACUUGUCCUAUUAUGCACACUAAAGUACUUCCACAUCUAAUUCUGACUAACUGAUAGGAAACAAGGGAACAGCGAAAACAGUUUCAGUAAGAAGUCCUGUCAGUGGCAACAUUAACCAAAAUCCUGCUUUAGCUUGCACUUCUGGCUUCUCGCUGUUACCUGCAAUAAAAGCCUCACCAGGCUUUUAUGAGUAAGGCUGCAUAGCCCCCCGAACAUGUUCAGCAGAAAAGGGUCCAAGACCUUCAAGUAGAACAUGAAAACAGGAUAGUAACGCUACCAUUUUGUUCAUGCUUAUGAUGUGCAUCACGACAAUGAGGUCAAAAUAUAAUGCAUGUCACAAUCUGCAGCUAUUUUACUGUGCAUGUUACUGGCAGUCAUGGUAGUCAUUUGACACGUGUGGAUCUCUCUAUGCCCUACAGUGAAUGUGAGUUUUUUCCAACACGAGUUGCAUGUGUGUUGGGUUUCUCAUCUUGCUGAUGUUGACAAUUCUGACGAGCUGCAACAACUGCUGAUCUUUUCUUGAUACUGCAGAAAUCCUUUCCAAACCAGUACACUUUUGUUCACAAUUACAUGUAAAAUGUGUUGUCCACAAAGUUGGACUUCCCAUGCAUGGAACUUGUUGAUCUGAUCUGUAGUUAUUCACAACCGUCUACUGAGAUACAACCAUCCAUAUUGUUACGUCAUAUCACAGCAUCAAUAGAUCAUUACAACCCAAGUGGCUGAGCCCAAGGGCAUAUUUCAGAAUACUAAUAAAAGAAGACUAAACAAGACCAAAAGAAAUAUGGAUCAACUUCAGGUGUUUGUUUUUGAGGUGUUUUACAAGGUCGUAACUUGCGUAUUUACCAUCCUACUUGUACUUGCAUUAUCCAGGUCAAGUAAAACAAAAAACAAGGCAGGCAGAAAGUACCUCCCCCAUAAGAGUUAAUUUUUAAAAACAUCUCUGUAUUUUCCAACUGCCAAUUUAUCGUAAUUACCCAUACAGACUCUAACAAACUGUUUAAUUGUGGACCUUAACAAACAUGUAUUUGGGAAGGACACACUGCAUUUUAAGGUAUCUCUGACAAAUUUAUGCCCAACUUUUCAGAAGAAAAAACUCUCAAAUCUCUUUCUAAACAUUAGAAAUUGCAAUCAACCCGUCAAGUGUGACAUAAAUAAUCUCAUCUAUGUACAAGUCAAAAAUCAUCAUUCUAAUUUUACAUCACGUUAAAAAGUGUGCCCAACACAAGGUGAGACCGUAUCAUCAACUAGGAAACACUACGGAGUACUGUAAUUUUGUUAUUCAAGCAUUUCUGUGAUUCUUGAGCUGAAUGCAAACACUGCAACGUUCAACAUUUCAUAGAGUUUACUCGGAGUACAAUGUGCAUGUACAGCUGAGCUCACACUGGCUUCAUGCACAACCAAGAGAAGGUGCUCUUUAUACAAAGCCUUCCCUAGGUGACACUGUGUGCAAGUGGAUGUGGCUGCUCUCCCAAACAAAAAAAAUUAUCCAUUCACAAGUUUUGAAGCAUCACUGGCAUUCACCUGGCAGACAGUUUGACAGUAUGUACCGGUAAUCCGGUAUUGUCACAAAUCCCAUAGUAAUCUUUGCCCAAGAACAGGGCACAGCAGAAGAAAGCAUUCAACAGACCUGUUACAUCACGGCAUCAGGCUUUGUUUACUUGUGCACUUCCCUAUGGCAGUCAGGUGGGACACAAUCCAUUAAGAUCCCACAGGAAAGCACAUAUGUAAACAAACAUGACUGUCAUUGGUAUGUAAAGUCCAAAGGUCGUGGCUAUGGCCAUCCACAACGCAUGCACCAAUGAGGGCCAAGUCAGCCUCCACUGCCAACAGAUGUGUACAGCCGCAAUCAGAGUAAUUUAUAAAAUAAAAGAAAUCAACAAAAAACAGCCACCAUGAACAGCAGUACUUAAUGGGGAUUGGUCUGACAUUGUCACAUUAUCAACAAAGGCGGCACUGCAAGAUGGGACAGGUUAUUCUUGAAUGAGCAUUUGAAAAAUCAUGAAAUGACUAAUUAAUCAUUUCCAUUACAAUCACUUGUGAUUGCGGUUCUAUUUGUGUAGAUGAUAAAUUCUAAUCUACAGGAAACACCUGUGGCUUUAGUACAACGUAUUUAAAGCCUUGCGGCGAGUGAUGUUUCUAACAUGUAUCUAUAAGAAAAUAAAUUUUACAACAUAUUCCUUUGUUCUGAAUAAAAACCAACUGAGAAAUGCGAAAUUCAUGUUAAGCAAAGGCUAAAAAAUCUUGUUUGAAAAAAAAAGGACAUGAACUUUGGUGAAGUAAAUUUACACACAGACUAAAAAUGUGACUUGAACUCUAAAGCUUGCAAAAGCUGUGUCACAAAGCAAGAACAAAAACCAGUUUACAAGAUUUGGAGAAUUCUACAAAAAUACAUAAAACAUUUCGGUAAGAGAUUCAAUAUUUUCUAUUGCACAAAAAACUCAAAAUGUAAGACAUGAAAUAACUAUUUUUAAAGAACUUUGAAAUCCAACUUUUUAAGGAAAAUUUCUUUUGAACAUACUCUAACACUUGUAUUUCUUUCCAAUUCCAAGAAUUCUUAAAGAUUGUACAUUUAAGCAUGCUACCCACCACAUCUCUCCUAAAUCUAUGAUUGUGAGUUUUAUGUGUACAGUUCACAACUCCUCACAGUGUGCAUCCAAAUUGUACGUGCUGAAUAGU